AUGAUGGAUGGAGAGUCAAUGUUGCAAGAGGGAUGCGGACGUAUUGAGCUUAUUAUCGGGCCAAUGUUCUCUGGUAAGACUAGUGCGCUCAUGAACCGUAUUAAGCGUGAGAUUCAUGCACUGCGAACCUGCUAUGUCAUCAAAUACGCACGAGAAACUCGCUACGAUGUGAAGAACGUUGCAUCUCAUGAUGAAGUAAAAUUCCGUGCGCAGGUGGCUGUUACUCGCCUUAGCGAUCUAGGUGAUGCAUGGAAGUCUUACGACGUCAUUGCCGUGGACGAGGGUCAGUUUUUCCCUGACAUUGUUUCCUUUUGCAAUAAAGCGGCAGAUGCCGGCAAGAUCGUCCUAGUCUCCGCCCUAGAUGCCGACUACCGUCGCGAGCCGUUUGGGCAGGUGUGCAAUCUGGUCGCUGUAUGCGAGUCCGUUACGAAGCUUUCCGCGGUGUGCGUAAUGUGCCGCUCACGCCCGGCCUCCUUCUCACGGCGCACUGCGGAUGCGGAGGAACAAGAGCUCAUCGGGGGUGUUGAUAUGUACGUCGCGACCUGCCGCCGAUGCUACAAUCUAAAAAUAGGGCCCUCCGAGGAAGCUAUGGAACGGGUAUAUCAUGCGAUCCGCAAAGUUCGGGAGGAGUGCCUCGGGCCCACGGUGGAUUCCGUUCAAUGCGUAACGCCCCCACUGCAUGAGUAUCAGGAAUCCCUCGACGAGACGGGGUCCUCAGUGGGGCCCGCGGAGUCCAAGUUCCCUAGCCCAGACAAGAACAUUGUGAUAAGGACAACUGCCGAUAAAGUUAAGGAGGCACGUGAAAUUGUUGAUUCCGAUUAA